AGGAAACACUCAAAACUGAGAAGUUCCUGUAUUAGUGUCCCAUAUAUAGCUUCAAGAGAAGCACACAGCGCUUUCCCCUCGAGUCUCCUGAAGACACCAUGGCUCCUCUUCACCUUCUCUCCACUCUCCUGCUGUUGCCGACCCUGACCAGCGCUGGCGUGCUUCGGGAUGGGAUCAUCGGAGGACAUGAUGCCAAGCCCCACAGCAGACCCUACAUGGCUUACUUGAUGUUCCACGGGGAAGCUGCCAUGUCCUACUGCAGUGGCUUCCUGGUGCGAGAGGACUUUGUCAUGACGGCUGCACACUGCCAAGCCCGACAGCUCCAUGUUUUACUUGGAGCCCACGACCUGACUCAAAACGAGCCGACACAGGAGCUGGUGGAUGUGAAGGAGAGCUUCCCUCACCCAGAUUAUUUUUCUGACAACCUGGCCCAUGACAUCAUGCUGCUGAAGCUGAAAAGAAAGGUGAAGCUCAGUGACAGUAUUGCAGUGCUUCCAUUGCCAGACAGUGAGGCAGACCUGAAGGGCAAAACUGAGUGUCUCUUGAGUGGCUGGGGCAACACGGCUCGCAAUGGCACAAACCACCCCAGCAAGCUGCAGGAGGUGAACGUCACCGUGCUGGACAGAGACAAGUGCAACCAAAACUGGGGGGACAAGAUCACAAAGGAAAUGAUCUGCACCGCGUCUCGCAAGGGGGGCUGCAAGGGAGACUCUGGGAGCCCACUGGUGUGCGGAGGAGUCGCUCACGGCGUGGUGUCCUUCGGGGUGCAGCCCUGUGGACUCCACGGCUUCCCCCACGUCUACACCCGCAUUGCAGAGUACCUGCCCUGGAUCAGCAAAGUCCUGAACUCACCGUGCAGAAUCCCUGGAGCUCACUAGAUCUAGACCCGGAGCUUGGGUCCUGCAGACCCUGCUGCCUGCCCUGCUGACACCCUGAUAAGGAGCAUCAUUUUACAGUCUGAAAUGUAUCUGUGAUAUGUGUUUCCCAUUCCAUAUUGUUGUUUACCUAGCUUGCUGUUGCUUUACUAUGCAGUAUUCAAAGUUAUAGACAGCUACUUUUAGUGAACCCCUCCUUGCCAUAUUCAAUGCCUGUUUAUUCAAAUCCACGCAUUGUAAUUGAUACUUAAUAAAACCUUAAAAACUA